AUGUCCAACGAAGAGUCGUCCCAAUUCAACGUCCAGGGCUACAACAUCGUCACCAUCCUCAAGAGAUUGGAGGCGGCGACGUCCCGGUUGGAAGACAUCUCCGUCCACCAGAAUCUGCUCCAAAACCCGCAUGAGGUGCCGGGUACCGUCACCGUGACCCCUGCCUCGAAACUGAUCGACCAGUCGCCAGCGGCCGCUGCUGGUGGCGCCCUGAAGCUGGUGGCCGGUGCUCCUGAGGAACAGUUACCCCCGGCGGUGGCUAAGUUCGAGCAAUUCGUCCAGGACGUCGUUGACCCGUGGGUGAAGCAGUCGAACCUUAUCGACCCCCAAGUGGCCGAAUGCGCCACCCUUUUGCUUGACGCAUUUGUCAGCGAAGUCGGUUUGCUCAAAUUGGCGACCAGAACGGCCAAGCCCGACCCCAGCGACCCAGCGUUGGUGCAAGCGUUAUCCCCGGUUAAUGAGCGGGUGACCCUGAUUGGCGACAUCAAGGACAAAAACCGCCCGCUGCCGUUCUUCAACCACCUCAGUACCAUUGCCGAAGGGGCCCCCGUCCUCGGCUGGGUGAUGCUGGAAACUCCCGCUCUGUGGGUGGACGACUUCCGCGACCUGGCUCUGUUCUACCUGAACCGGGUGCUCAAGGAAAGCAAGGACCGCGACGAUGCCAAGGCUCACCAGGAGUGGGUAGCGUCGUUCUCGAGGAUCUUUGACGAGCUCCGUGCCUACGUUAAGGAGUACCAAACUACCGGCAUCCAAUGGAACCCUCAAGGAACUUCGUUAGCGGAAUCGCUCAAAACCUACGGCGUCCCCACCCCUUCGGCUACGCCUCACCACUCAAUGUCGGCCCCCAGCGGUGCUCCUAAGGCCGCUUCCGCCGCCGCCUCUGGUGGUGCUGCUCCUCCUCCCCCUCCCCCUCCUCCUCCUGCUGACCUCUUCGACGCUGAGUCUAAGCCCGAAGGCGGGAUGUCGGCGGUGUUUGAUGACUUGAACCGUGGUGAAGACAUCACCAAGGGCCUCAAGAAGGUCGACAAGUCGCAAAUGACCCACAAGAACCCCGAAUUGCGCAACAAGAAGCCGUUGCCGCCUAAGAAGCCCGCUAAGUUUGGCACCAAGCCUCCUUCGCCCCCCGCUGCCGCUGUGGCCACUGGUCCUAAGCAAAAGCCCGCUAAGGUCGAGCUUAUCGACACCAAGUGGCUUGUGGAAGGCCAAUACAAGGCCGACCAGCCGAUUGUGAUCAACGCCGAAAAGCAGCAGCUGAUUUUCAUUGGCCACUGCGCUGACGUCACCAUCCAAAUCAAGGGUAAGGCCAACGCCAUCUCGGUGUCGGAAACCAAGAACGUCGCCAUCGUUGUCGACUCGCUCAUUUCGGGGGUGGACAUCAUCAAGCUGGACAAGUUCGCCUUGCAAGUGCUCGAAGUAGUGCCUACCAUCUACAUCGACAAGUGCGACCAAGGGACAUUGUACAUCUCGCAAGCGUCUAUCGACAGCGACAUCAAGAUCUACUCGACCUGUUCGACGUCGGUGAACAUCAACGUCCCUGAACAAGACGAUUACGUUGAAUUGGCCGUGCCCGAGCAAUUUGAACACCAAAUCAAGAACGGUAAGUUGGUGACCCUGGUGGUUGAACACAAGGGUUAG